AUGAUGCGCAACGAACGUCGCCAACUGUUGGACCGAAGUCUCCUUCAUCUCAGUGGAAACAUGGCCGUUGAUGAAGUUAUCAUUUAUCUUCAAAGCACAGGAGUGUUCACAGACUCUGUCAUUGAUAAAGUCAUGUCUACUGGAUCAGUAACGGCUCAAAGAACCGCCGUCAUUCGUGCGGUGAAGUCUAGAGGCGACAAUGCUUUUGACGCGCUAUUUCGGGCUCUACUCUAUGCACGACAGCCCCAUCUCGCGGAGCUGCUGAAACCGCUUAUCAACGAAGACCUACUGCAAACCAUUGAGAACGAACCGAUAAAUCGAAAGCGAAAUGCCGUCACUGCUCACUCUUUCAAAUCUGACACAAUAGUCCAACCAAUGGCUUUGACUGCAAUGAAUCCUUCUGGUAUCCUCCAAGGUCUCCGAGUGCAUGUUGUCGACAGCAAUUCUUGUCCUCAGAUGGAUACAUAUUUGAAGAAUCGCGAUUUGAUCUAUGCGAACUUCUCAUCCCCUAAAGGUCUCUGCUUGAUCAUCAAUAACGAGAAUUUUGCCUCGAUGCCACGGCGUCAGGGAACUGAGAUUGACUGCGCUAAUCUCAGGAAUUUAUUUGAGCAGAUGGACUACAGCGUAGUUAUCCAGAACGAUCUCACUUGUAAGGAAAUGCUUUCGCACGUCAGAAAGUUUGCUAAUGAUCCGUUUCAUAGUCAGGCGUCUUCAGCUAUUCUUGUUGUACUCACUCAUGGAGAAAGAGACCAGUUACUUGGUGUCGGUGGUGAUGAGGAUGUUCUAUCAGUGUAUCCUGUGCUGGAGGCUUUAAAUGCUAGAAAUGCACCGUUGUUGUCGGGCAAGCCAAAGUUGAUAUUCAUUCAGGCGUGCAGAGGAGACCGUCGUGACACCGGCGUGGUUUACAUGGAUCAAUCAGAUGCUCCUCGUCAACAUCCGGAUAGCCUUUUUGGACUGUUCAAAUGUAUAAGGACACCAUCCGUUGUUGAGACGACCUCGCUAAGGCCCCGCGAAUCCGACUUCGUCAUAGCGUAUGCCACACCUCCAACGUACGUGUCCUGGCGUAACAGUCUUCGCGGCAGUUGGUUUAUUCAAGCAAUUUGUGAGGUAUUUGCUAAACACGCUCGCGACAUGGAUCUUCUUCAAUUACUAACAAGAGUGAAUAAAAGGGUAGCGGAGUGCUUUCAGACAAACUGCUCGUCAUCUCUUUACAAGCAGGGUCCGCCUUUCUGCUCCUUGUGUUACAUUUGGUUCUAUCCAUUGCACCAGCCGUACACAAACGUGCAUCCAUCGUAUCCAGCUUCACACGGUCGAACCAGCGAAUCUUUGGCCUCCCGCGCGGCCUCACUCCUGAAACGUCGAGCUUCAGAGCGGUUUUGGCAACAGAAUUUUCCUCCUGCUGCAAGACGUGACCAAACCAUCUCAUUCGCGCCUCAUCUCAUUUCGCUUCAUCUUCUCAGUUAUCGGGACGAUGCCGAAGAUGGAGCGUACAGUAUCGUUGGAUACUUUGUCUUUCAUCAUUACACCUAUCGUCCACCUCAACAUCCGCAUCUCCAUAGCGUGCAACACUCUUUCCAAGGCUUUCGUCGUCACACGCAUCCAUAA